CAAGGUCAGGGUCACACUCCUAAGAAUAUUCCAUUUAAUCCCACGUCAAUGAUCUAUUAAGUGCAACUAUAAAACAAUUUUCCUGGAGCGCGUGUUGCGAUUUUUCCUAGGAUUUUCUUCAAUAGUCUUCGAAUAAAAAAUUGAUGAGUGUCGUUGAUGUCUGAAUAAGGUGGAGAGUGUCGUGACGAUAAUUACCUCACCACAGAGUUUCACGGAAUCAAUUGUUAUUCCCAUGGCAUCGUUUGGAUUACGGUUAACCGAACCCCCACACGUUUAUUCGAUACAAUGGAAAUGAAAAUUUGAGGAUUCGUUGUGGGUAUACCUAUGGGGUCCGAGGAUUUGUCACUUCAGUUCAAUCGAGACUCUCUUACAAGACAUUCAUUAUAUCUUCGAUCAGCUCGAUUAGGACGGUAUCCUCCACGGAUUAUUCGAUUUUAUCGAGCGAUAUAAACUUUGACGAAUCAUCAUUUGAAAAAAUAUAGUGAAGAUAGAUCAUGGGUGUCGAAUCGACACUAGCUACUGCCUUGGGGUCGGUUUCUGGUGGUGUUGGAUGGUUUUUCCCGGCUUUGGCAAUGGCCCUUGCCUACUUCCAGUACGAUAUUAUGGAUAACGAGUCGCAACCUAUCGACAUGCCUACGGAAUUGUUGCAUCCUGCUUAUGAUUUUAUAGUCGUGGGAGCCGGCUCUGCAGGGGCGGUGGUUGCGAGUCGUUUGUCAGAAAUCGAAAAAUGGAAUGUUUUGUUGUUGGAGGCUGGUGGUGAUGAAACGGAGAUAUCCGACGUGCCGCUGCUUGCUGGAUAUUUACAACUGACAAAACUCGAUUGGAAAUAUAAAACUGAACCACAAGGAGACUCAUGUCUAGCAAUGGAGGGAGGCAGAUGUAAUUGGCCUCGUGGCAAAGUCCUGGGUGGCAGUAGUGUCCUGAAUUACAUGCUGUACCUGCGUGGCAACCGAAAGGAUUACGACCUUUGGGAGCAGCAGGGCAACCCAGGCUGGAGUUCAAAGCACGUGCUGCACUACUUCAAGAAAUCCGAGGACAACCAAAAUCCAUAUCUCGCUAAAACAAUUUACCACUCGACAGGAGGCUACCUGACGAUCCAAGAGGCACCCUGGAGAACACCCCUGGCAACAGCAUUCGUAGAGGCAGGACAAGAAAUGGGUUACCAGAUCAGAGACAUAAACGGUGCACACCAGAGUGGUUUCAUGAUUGCCCAGGGAACAAUUAGAGGUGGUAGCAGGUGCUCGACAUCGAAAGCAUUUCUGCGGCCUGCACGACUUCGUCAGAACCUCCACGUGGCCUUGAACUCCCAAGUGACAAAAGUCCUGAUCGAUCCAGCAACGAAACGAGCCUACGGCGUAGAAAUGGUGCGUGGAGGUCAGAUGUACCGAAUCCGAGCGAAAAAGGAAGUGAUUCUCUCCGGUGGAUCCGUCAAUUCCCCCCAACUCCUGAUGCUCUCAGGAAUUGGACCCAAGGACCACCUGGAGCAGCACGGAAUUCCAGUGAUCCAUGACUCAGCAGUUGGUGAAAAUCUCCAGGAUCACGUGGGUCUUGGAGGUCUCACCUUCAUGGUGAACCAGGAGGUCUCAAUGGUUGAGCACCGAUUGCACAGUGUCUCUGCCGUAAUGAGGUACGCCCUCUUCGGAGACGGCCCCCUCACUGUCCUCGGAGGUGUCGAAGGCCUUGGAUUCGUCAACACAAAGUACGUCAACGCCUCCGACGAUUUUCCAGACAUCGAACUCCACUUCAUAUCUGGCUCCACGAAUUCCGAUGGUGGUAGACAGAUCAGGAAGGUCCACGGUCUCACCCAGGGCUUCUACAACGCCGUCUUCGGGAAUAUAAAUAAUAAAGACGCGUGGAGUGUUAUUCCCAUGCUACUCAGGCCCAAGAGCCGAGGGUUGAUCAGACUCCGGAGCAAGAACCCUUUCGAUCAUCCCCUGAUCUUUCCAAAUUACUUCAAGGAACGCGCCGACAUGGACACCCUCAUCGAGGGGGUCAAGAUCGGUGUGGCUCUCAGUAGAACUGCUGCAUUCCGAAAAUAUGGGAGUGAACUCAAUCCCCAGCCAUGGCCCGGAUGCGAGAGAAUUCCUUUGUACACUGAUUUGUAUUGGGAGUGCAUGAUCAGGCAUUAUUCAGCGACGAUUUAUCAUCCUGUUGGAACUUGCAAAAUGGGACCCUCUUGGGAUCGCGAUGCUGUUGUUGAUCCACAGCUCAAGGUUUAUGGUGUCACUGGACUUCGCGUUAUCGAUGCCUCAAUCAUGCCAACUCUCGUCAGUGGUAAUACCAAUGCACCUGCUAUUAUGAUCGGGGAGAAGGGCUCGGACAUGAUCAAGGAGUUCUGGAUGAACCGCAGGAGGAAGAAUUUUGGGCUCAAGUAAUUUUGCAUCCUUGGGGUGUAUUCAACGGCAAGACUGAACCGAUUUAUUUCUAUCGGUGUUUUAUGAUGACGUUGAUCAUUGCGGUCUGAUUGUAUUUAUGCUGUACAUUUUUCAUGAGUUUUGACAUUUUAAAAAAUAAUUUUUAUAACUUUUAUUGCGAGUUUACACUGAGAUAAAACUAUACUUCUGCCAAGUAAAUAUAUUGGAGAGGAGUAAUUGCCGAGAGUCUCUCCAUAAAAUUCUCGUUUAAUUUUCUUGUCUCAAGUUGAUUUAGCAGUAGUAAAGGUAAUUGGGGAAAGUAAUGUUUUUCUCAGUGGAUUACCGGGUGUAUAUAUGGGGGAGAUGUAAUUAAGGAACGGAUUUAAUGAAUAUUGUGGAGGAUUGUCGAGGGUGGAUCGAUAAAGGUGAUAAGUUGAUGUACAGAAUUAGUGAAAGUUUAUUUCGUUUCGUUAUAAUUUCCAGAGAGCGGAAUUCGAUUGAGAACGGAAAAUCCAGGGAAUCUAGAAUUCCAGUGAAUUCAGGGGACUCGGAUUUUUUUGGAUAAUUAAACAAAACAAAUUGUGAAAUCCCCGACUACUGAAUAUUAACAUGCUGCGUUAAUUUUUAUAUAAA